AUGGAGGCGCAACAAAGUAACCAGAACUUCAAGCUCGAGAACCUAUUCAAUGUGAAAAACAAAGUGGCCCUGAUCACAGGCGGCGGCUCAGGCAUCGGCCUAAUGGCCACCCAAGCCCUAGCAGUAAACGGCGCCAAAGUCUACAUAGUCGGCCGAACAGAAGAAAAGCUGGACAGAGUAGCCGAGCUUUACAACAAAAACAUCAGCGGUGAAAUCAUCCCCCUCACAGGCGACAUCACCAAAAAGACCGAUAUCAGCAAUCUAGUCAAAGAAGUGUCCUCCCGUGAAGACCAUCUCUCGAUCCUGAUAAACAACGCCGGCAUCUCCAAUAAAACCCAAGAGACAGAACACGGAGAUGCAGGUAAACUCCGUGAAUCACUUUUCGACGACCCCAACGCCACCUUCGCUCAAUGGGACGAUGUCUUCCGCACGAAUGUCUCGCAGCUCUUCUUCAUGACAACUGCUUUCCUACCCCUUCUCAAGAAGGGGUCUGAGGCCGAACGAGGCUGGUCGAGUACUGUGAUCAAUACCACUUCCAUUUCGGGUAUUGUGAAGGUAUCGCAACAUCAUUUUGCGUAUAAUGCUUCCAAAGCGGCGGCGAUCCAUUUGACGAAAAUGUUGGCGCAUGAGAUCUCUUCUUCGAAUUUGCGGAUCCGCGUUAAUAAUAUUGCGCCUGGUGUUUUCCCUAGUGAGAUGACUGCUGGUGAGAGUGAUGAGAAGCAGAAGAGUUUCAUUCCUGCUGAGAAAUAUGAGAAGAAGGUUCCGGCUUCUCGACCUGGGAAGGAUGAGGAUAUGGCUAGUGCUGUGCUUUUUGCGGUGACGAAUCAGUAUCUGAAUGGACAGAGUGUUGUUGUUGACGGGGGAUACGUUCUUGCUGCUGGGACUGUGUGA